UCCGGCGGCUGCGCCCUUUCACCCCGGAAGUGGGCGGGAGAGGAAGCGGCUGGUGAUGCUGGAACAAACAUGGCCGCUCUGGCGCCCGUCGGCUCCCCCGCCUCCCGCGGUCCUAGGCUGGCCGCGGGCCUCCGGCUGCUCCCAAUGCUGGGUUUGCUGCAGUUGCUGGCCGAGCCUGGCCUGGGCCGCGUCCAUCACCUGGCACUCAAGGAUGAUGUGAGGCAUAAAGUUCAUCUGAACACCUUUGGCUUCUUCAAGGAUGGGUACAUGGUGGUGAAUGUCAGUAGCCUCUCACUGAAUGAGCCUGAAGACAAGGAUGUGACUAUUGGAUUUAGCCUAGACCGUACAAAGAAUGAUGGCUUUUCUUCUUACCUGGAUGAAGAUGUGAAUUACUGUAUUUUAAAGAAACAGUCUGUCUCUGUCACCCUUUUAAUCCUAGACAUCUCCAGAAGUGAGGUAAGAGUAAAGUCUCCACCAGAAGCUGGUACCCAGUUACCAAAGAUCGUCUUCAGCAGGGAUGAGAAAGUCCUUGGUCAGAGCCAGGAGCCUAAUGUUAACCCUGCUUCAGCAGGCAACCAGACCCAGAAGACACAAGACGGUGGAAAGUCUAAAAGAAGUACAGUGGAUUCAAAGGCCAUGGGAGAGAAAUCCUUUUCUGUUCAUAAUAAUGGUGGGGCAGUGUCAUUUCAGUUUUUCUUUAACAUCAGCACUGAUGACCAAGAAGGCCUUUACAGUCUUUAUUUUCAUAAAUGCCUUGGAAAAGAAUUGCCAAGUGACAAGUUUACAUUCAGCCUUGAUAUUGAGAUCACAGAGAAGAAUCCUGACAGCUACCUCUCAGCAGGAGAAAUUCCUCUCCCCAAAUUAUACAUCUCAAUGGCCUUUUUCUUCUUUCUUUCUGGGACCAUCUGGAUUCAUAUCCUUCGAAAACGACGGAAUGAUGUAUUUAAAAUCCACUGGCUGAUGGCGGCCCUUCCUUUCACCAAGUCUCUUUCCUUGGUGUUCCAUGCAAUUGACUACCACUACAUCUCCUCCCAGGGCUUCCCUAUCGAAGGCUGGGCUGUUGUGUACUACAUAACUCACCUUUUGAAAGGGGCGCUACUCUUCAUCACCAUUGCACUCAUUGGCACUGGCUGGGCUUUCAUUAAGCACAUCCUUUCUGAUAAAGACAAAAAGAUCUUCAUGAUUGUCAUUCCACUCCAGGUCCUGGCAAAUGUAGCCUACAUCAUCAUAGAGUCCACCGAGGAGGGCACGACUGAAUAUGGCUUGUGGAAGGACUCUCUAUUUCUGGUCGACCUGUUGUGUUGUGGUGCCAUCCUCUUCCCAGUGGUGUGGUCAAUCAGACAUUUACAAGAAGCAUCAGCAACAGAUGGAAAAGGUGACAGCAUGGGACCUCUUCAGCAGAGAGCGAAUCUAAGAGCAGGAAGUCGCAUAGCUGCUAUUAACUUAGCAAAGCUGAAACUUUUCAGACAUUAUUACGUCUUGAUUGUGUGUUACAUAUACUUCACUAGGAUCAUUGCAUUUCUCCUCAAACUCGCUGUUCCAUUCCAGUGGAAGUGGCUCUACCAGCUCCUGGAUGAAACGGCCACACUGGUCUUCUUUGUUCUAACGGGGUAUAAAUUCCGUCCGGCUUCAGAUAACCCCUACCUACAACUUUCUCAGGAAGAAGAAGACUUGGAAAUGGAGUCUGUUGUGACAACAUCUGGGGUGAUGGAAAGUAUGAAGAAAGUCAAGAAGGUGACCAACGGCUCCGUGGAGCCCCAGGGCGAGUGGGAAGGCGCCGUGUGACAGAGCCGACCCUGAGGAUGGCACUGUCCAAGGAAACUGUUAACUUAUUCAUAGUCCUAUUGGACAGCAGGAGCAGCUCCUACAGUGAACUAUUGGCACCUCCGACAGUGACUCCAGGGCACAUGGCUGGAGCACAGUGCCGCGGAAACCUGAUUUUGUACUCUCUUUUAUGGAAACGAUCUGUGGCUGUUUAGAGGCAGCUGGAUCCUCUUUCAGGCGGGAAUGGGAGGGCGGGCACAGGGAGGAGGAGAGGAAGAGAAAAGGAAGAUUCAUUUUUAAUUUAGGUUUCUUUUUUUUCUUCUUCAUUUCGGAGCUCUAAGGUGUAUGCAGUUGUGACCCCAUGUGUGGGGAAGUGUAGCAAGGACGGCUGGUGGAGGGGGAAGGAGGGUGCGAGGUGUCUGUCUGAUGCUUUAGGAAAUGUCUACUGAGGACCCUGGGACUUAAGAAGAAGGGCAGGGAGAGUGCCAUUGCCUGUUUGGGAGACAAAAAUGAAUGAAAACAGGUGACUUUGGAAAGCAAAGUCAAAACCCAGUUUAGGAUGUAGCACCUGCCCCAGGAUUCCUGCCCUCGGCUUUGCCCCAGACCCUUAUUCCAGAUGCUGAGAGUGACCAGGACAGCAGCUCCUGAGGCCCAGUGGUCUUCUUUCCAACAGGAAAAGAAGGCUGUGAUGUCGCUGUCAGAAUCGUGCCCUGUGGCACAGCACAGGUGGUGGGAGGUGGUUUUCUGACUGAGAUGUUGCCUGAUGGAUGGAAAGAAAUGUAUUUUUAAGUUCAAAAAGCAUUAUCCUGUGGCAUUGCCUGGACAUCCACUCCCUGACAGCCCAGAGCAGCACUGUCUGGCUUCCCUUCAUGCUUGUGGCUUUGUUGUGUUUGAUCAGAAUUUUGGGGGAAAUGGAAAGUUUUCCUUAAGGAGCAGCUGGGGGCAGAAUAGGUAGUAUUUAAGCAAAUACUUAAGUCCAAGCAAAUCAUCCCCAUUAAAAAGCUUUUCCUGUAGGCUAGUAGGAUUUCUAAAUAGAUGAAUUCAACAGACUUGGUCCCCAUAGUCCAAGAGUAUGUAUGUGAAGAAAGCAUGAUUCAACAGUUUCACUCUCAGGGAUUUUAGGAUGGCAAAAUAUUUCACAGAAACUCAAUGAUUAAGUUCCCUUCCACACUUCCAGAGCUUGAAUGAACACAGGUAGCCACCUAAAUUGGGCAGUACUGCAACUCAGAGAGAAAAUCAUCUCAAUAGUAGGACAAGCUCAGAAGGUCCAUUGUGACUGAGGGCUUAAAAGGAGACCAAAACAUGGCCCCAUCAGGGAAGCUUCUUAAUGCUUGGGGGGCCAGCUAGGUAGGGUUGCUUCCAAAAGCUGGAGCCCACCCCUGCCUGGGGGUUGUCAGAGAGCCACACCUGCAGGGGAACAGGUACCUCCGGGGGUGAGAGUCGUGGUCUCUGGGAGUUGUUUUCUCACCUCUGGCUUAGAAGGGUCAGGCAGAAGCCACAGGAUGUGGGGUCACACUCACUGUCCCAGGUUUGGGAACCUGAAAAAGUCUCCAUUCAGAACAUAGUUCUUCUCCCUGUCCCAUGCUGUCUUAUCUUCCUAAAUGACUAAUGAGGAAGCGGGUGUUCUUUUUCUGCACUUUGAUUCGCCAUCUGGGUUCUGUAGGGUUCUCUGAAGGUGCGAUCUGCCUUCUGGCUGAUGUGGAGGAAGAGCAAGCGCCUUCCCAGGCCACAGCUGCUCACCUCUCGGCAGAUAUUUUAGGCAAGCAUCCAUGUGUCUUCCCAUCUUCAGGAGAAGGGUAAAUGCACCCUAAGUGUUCACUUCUGGACCUUUUUCAAGUUCACUUGGGACUGUGUGACAGAAGAGAGUUGGAGGGAGGAUGGGAAUAUUUUUAACACUUUGUUUUCCUGUGCAGAAAUAUAAUACCAGUUUUCGCAGAAAUGUGUCUCAAUCUGUGACUACCAAAGCCCUCCUCAGUCCUUCCCUCAGAGGGACACAUUUGCUGUUUCUCCCGCAAGCAGAUGUUGUGGAUGAGGCGAUAGACUCCUUGGCAAGAACGAAAGGUGUGAUGAAACCUCCCUGCUCGGAAGGGUCUCCGUGGAGGUGUCCUCAUUUCACAUGCUGGGUUUUGCAAGCAAGGAAGCCAGGCAGUGGAGGAACUAGAGAGAGGCAGGCGUGUGUGUGGACAAGCGCUGGAGCCGCAGCCCUCAGACUGGCACGGGAACGCCAGCGUUGGGUGUUCAGAUUCCACGCGUAUGUCUGGGCUCACUCACAGCAUGGCCGAGUGUCUGCAGUGCUGGUCCUGACCCUUCCAGAGCAGCAGUGGACAGAUGAGAUAAGACUGUUUCAGAAACAAAGAUGGCCACAGCCUUCCUAACAAGCAGGUCAUCUGGCCAUGUCUGUAUUGUAACUGGUAAAAAGCUUCAAGUCAGAUUGAUGAUCAAGAAAAGUCAAAACCCCAGCCCAAGAUUGAGAAAGCGGGUGGUGGUUCCAAGUUUUAAAAAAUUAUUGAAGCUCUCCAUCCUGUUCUGUGAGUGUGUCUUCUCUUUCUCCUUCACAUCAUAGCCGUGACCCACCGUUCAUCUCUGCUCUUGUGUAAAGAUGACCGAUGGAGUCCAAAGCCAAGUGGCUUCACCAGCUGACAAGCCACCCUCCUGCAGCCUGAGUUUCACAGUCCACUGGGUUCGUUGUCAUGCGGUGUUUGAAUGGUUAAGCCCUUGCAGUAUUUCAGCGAUCGGGCAAAAAAUAUCGGAUGCACAUAGCAGAACCAUUGGUGGUAUUUAUAGCUUUGCUUUGUACUCCUCACUGUUUCUGCCUACGCAAAAUACCCAUGUUUCCUUUGAGAAAUCUGUUGUGGACUGAAAGCGCUGCCGGCUGUGAAAUUUAAUAAAGUGUGUAUGCUUUGCUAGAAAAUUAUUUCUUGGACAAUAGGAACAGUCAUUGAUCUGUAAAUCCUGGCUCUUAACAGUGAGUGGCCAAGGACUUGAUCAGCCCAUUUCUUGGUCCCUCAGUGCUUUAAAAUUUAAGUAGCACUGCAUUUUGUAAUGUUGAAUAUGACUCUAGUGACUUGUAGGAGGCACUUGUGAGGAGAUGCUUGCUUCAGUGUAAAAGAUGCUCAUGGCCUGAGUCAGUUGAGUUUUCUUUCAAGAAACCACUUUAGAGUGAAAUAUCCAGGGUUUCCCCGCCCUGGACAUGUCCAGCCUGCCCAGGCAGCACACAGCCCCGUAAGUCCACCUCGUGUGGGUGAGAUUUCCUCCUGCAUGAUGACCUCAUCGCCGUCUCUGCUGUCUCUCAUUCCACAGCCUCCCUCCCUCCCUCUUCUCUCCUCCUCUGCCCUCGCCCUUCCCCCUUCCCCAUCCCCUCCCCCUCCUCCUCUGCCCUCGCCCUUACCCCUCCCCCUUCCCCUUCCGCUCCUCCUCCCUCCUCCACCUCUUUCUCCUCCUCCUUCCCUCCUCCUCCCUCCUCUUCCCUUCUCUGCCGUCUUUCUCCCCGUGCCUAUUGAUCCCACAUAGGCUCAUUCUGGGUACACGGGCUAAAGGCUUUGGUGCAUUGCAGCGUUUUCUCCCAGCAGCUGUGUGAAAGAUGCAUUUUCUAAGCUAAGGAGAAUUUUCUCAAGAGUGGCAUACUCAUGCCAAAUAUUAUUGCUCUGGGCCAUAUAGGCUGGUCUUCCUCCACACUAAAAUGGGUGUCUUGUUUUGGUACUUAAAACAGUCUACUCCAGGCAUCCAGCCCUUACAGACCAAGGAAGAGCAUAGCGAUGCCUGUUGGAAUUGCAGAUGCCUUCUGGCCUUCUCCCCCGUCCUGAAACAUUUUCUUUGAGGAAGGCUCUUAGAACAUUAGAUAGUCUGCUGAGGUUGUUGGCCCAGCUCCAUACACCCAGUAGAACAGUGGAACAACUCAUGCUUCAUGCUGCCAAGCUGCUGUACUUCAAAGGAAACAGAUCUAGCACACUCCUGCACCCCUGCUUCCACACUCCACACUUCACCCCUCUGCUUUUCUCUGACCCGCCCCUGGCCUUGUAAGACUCACGUAAGCUAAGUCCAGGAUGCCUGUGGCCUGCGGCUUGAUUCUUCCCUUUAGGAUUCAGCAAGUUAAUGGCUUCCUCGCUAUAGAAGUGAGACUUUGACUUGAUACCUCUUGGUAUAUCAAAAAGAUAUUCAUCCAGAACGUACCAAAUGUUCUGAAAGACCCGCUCUUCACUCCAGUUUUCCCUAGGGUGUUUCUGGCAGGGCGUUUUUAAAAGGCAUCUACCUGAGUUGACGCUAAUACUUGUCACCACCUGGAACGUAGUUAUUGGUCCGCAGGCUGAACAUACUCCAGAUUCCCCAGAGGCCACUUCUGUAGCCCAGUGAUGCAUCUGAGCCUCUCUGCGUGGUUUAUGCUUGAAAAACAGACAAUGCUUUUAGAUGGUUCACUGCCAGGCCAUGGGCCCCACACAUCUCAGGCCCUGUGUGAGGGAGCACACUGAGAUGGUGCAGGAGUGAAUGGGCAUGGCUUGGCCUCGCUACCUCGGGGACCUGUUGGAGUUCUGGCAGCAGGGUGUCUGCAGGUGGGACGGCGUUCUGGGCAGAGUCAGAAUGGUCAGAAUGAAACAGAACAGCCAACUCACCCACAGGACAGCUCAUUUUGAGGCAAGGUUUUGGAUUUUGGAGGAAGCAGCCAGAUGAGGCGGUGAGCCUCCAGAAGGUCAGCCUUUGGAGCACGUAAGAUACUGUUACAGGGUCCAGAAAUCGUGUUCACAUGGGGGCUUUGACUCUUCAAACAGCUUUUGCAGAUCGUAAAUUGCAUUUGCCUAGUCGUGUGACCUCAAAAGAAGUCAGACAUAUUUAAUCCAGAAAUAGUUUCGUUUGAGGGAGGGCUUGCAGGUCUGUAAAUAGCAUUUGCUUUCCUGGUUAGAGAUUGGGAUGCAGAAGGAGUUUUCAGUAUUUUUUUUUAAACACUAAUGAUCAUUGAAGAGUAUUUAUGUAAACAUACAACGUAUAAUGGGUGGGGGAUCCGAUCAUGGUGAUGUACGGGGUGAAUUCUCUUGCCGUGUUGCAAAUGUGUAAAAUAAAGAUUAUCUGGCAGAA